AGGUUCUAAGUCACCAAAGUGGGCCCAAGGCUGAUUUUUGUUACGAUGCAUAUGAAAUUUCUUAAUUGAGAGAGCUUAAGGUCUAAGCCAGUCCUAAUACUCUACGGAAAAUAGGGCCAUUAGCCCACAAAUUAGAAGGUUCAACUUGAAAUCAAUAUCGGGCACAGAUGAGUAAUUUCCACAUAUAGUUCUGUGGUAAUUCCUCUGUGAUUUAGGCAUAAAUGUUAAAUUUUGCUACUGAAGUAAAAGAAGAAGAAAUUCGGCGGUUUCAUUUUAAGGGUUAGGAAAUUCAAAUUUGCAAAAGUUUGGUGAUUUUGUUAUUAGAUAUUUCCAAAAAACUUGUAGAGCACUCCGAAUGAAUGAAAGUGAAGAAUUAGACCAGAAGACCUACAUUUAUAGCAGUAUUUCAUAAUAAACAAUCUUCAAUGGGUCGCUUGCAGACUGCUCCAGAAAAUUGCCCGAAAAGGAAUCUUCAGGAACCAACAAACUCUUGGGUUUUUUUGCUGAAAGAAGACACUUUGGAUUUCGAUAAUUGUGAAACUGGAACUCCUACUAUUGUGACUUUGAGACACCCAAAGACAGAUGAUUCUGCCAAAUUCUUGGUCUCACCAAGGAAUAAUACGUUGCAAGAAAUUUUUACGUUCACAGAUGGCCCAAGAUCAUGGUUUAUUGAUGAGUCUGUCAAAAGUAAUGGAACGUUACAUCUGUCCACACCUAUCGACCCCAUCUUCUUAGUUCUUCCAUAUUUACGGAAACAUUGCUGUACCCGAGCUAUUCCCUUGAGACAACUGCUGAUAGAUGAUGAGUAUCCUGAAACAGAGAGAUUGCUGGGGUCUAGUGGUUUGGAAUAUUUGAACUUGGUAUCAGACAGAAAG